AUGGAGUCUGCACUAGUGUUGGCUGCCAUUUGCCAAGACGUCCUCUACUGGCGUCAAGAGGGCAAGAGGGGCAGUGGGGCCUUGAAUCUGCUCUACAGCAUGUGCCCUGUUGCUCCCUCUAAUAAAGAUCUGUUCCUUGUGAUUACACUGGUGUCCUUUGGAAGGUUGGAGGCAGCCAUAGAGCCUUGCCCAACCCCAUGCCAUUGUACCUUGGAAAUCCUCAACUGCAGCGGGACCACCAACCCCCCUGGACUCCACCGUGUGCCAUUUCCCAAACCUUAUGGACAUCCCCAUGUUUUUUUCUUCUUGAUUCUCAACCACAAUCCCCUGACUGCUCUUGACGAUCCUUAUUUUUAUAAACUUCCCUCACUGAAGUUUCUUGAUUUAGGUGCUACAGAGAUUGUCCCCAAGGUCGUGGUGGACAUACUGAAUACCUCCAUUUGGCUGAAAACACUCAUCUUGCCCAGGAAGAUGUCCUGCUGCCUUUGCCGUAUUCAGGAUGACAUUGAAGUUUUGUGUGAGACGGUCAAAUUGGAUUGCACAGAGACAUGCGACGUAAACACCACUCUGUGUGACCAAGAAGAGGCUUUAAAUAAGAUGCAGAACGAAAUCAUGAAGCUCUUAGAAACCAGGAAGCGGAAUACAAGCAGCACCUUGACCAUUCUUCCCGAGAAGCCUCUACAGGACAACUCGACCCUGGCACUCACAGUGACCCAGGGCCUCUCGCAUUUCGGCAUCCAUUUCCAAAACCUCACCCCACACCUUCUCAUAACAGUCAACCAAUUAAGCAACCUGAAGGCUGAUGACUUUAUGGAUGUGAAGUGGGCAGACAAAAGUGAGCUGAAAAAACUGUACAUCCUGGCCAAAUUGCUGCAGGCGGCCCUGAAAGAAAAAAUAGCAGAAUAUGAAAAUGAGAGUCAAAGGACAGGAGAGCAAAAAGAAACCUCUGCACAAGUUUCGGACCAGUCUGAGGCUCCUUUGAUGAGAGUGAAAAGAUACCAGGAAGAAGUCAAGAGAGGCAAUUGGUUUGGGAAAAUUCCCAGUAUGGGAGAAUCAUCUCUGGGAUGGGGCACAGAAUUUCCAAAGGCUGUCAUGCAACAAGAUGCAGAGCAGCAAAUCAGCCUAGAUUUACACAGAGGUGCUCAGCCCAGACAGAGGAAGCUAUCCUGGGAACUAGAACACGAAAGCAUGGCUUCCCUUCUCAGGCAUCAACGAGCUGCUGCAUUUCCGCCUGCUGGGAAGCGUUCCAUGAGGGAGGCGGCGACAGGGGCUCCCUCCUUGACGGCUUCCAUUGUGGUGGAUGACGAUGCUGCAGAUGACUUAACAGGCAAAGUUGUUAUUAUCCUGAAGCACUCCAACAAAUCAAGGAAGCCCACCAAUGAAGCGUUUCAGAUUCCAAUCAGGAAACAGGAGGAAGAAGCAUCUGGUAGCCAGCAUGAUCUGUCAGAGAGUCAACCGGGCCGCUGUUCAGAUAUUCCUAACAGAGAGUGCUCAGAAGAUUUCAUGCCAGGAAAUAAAUUGGAUUCUCAAAAGGAUCAGGAGCUCCACCGUCUCAUGCACAAAGGGGAGAAAUCCCAGAUGCCAGCUGAGGACACUGAAAUGCUGAAUGAGCUCUCACCAGACAUCAGUCUAUCCCAAGAGACACGUUGGGAGCAUCAUGAACAAUCAACCUCUGCUUCUCCACAGGCCACCUUCUUGCCAUCUGAGGAUGACUAUUUACUUCAGAGUGACCUGUUUGAGGCUGAAGUGAACAAGCGCUUGGAGCCUCUCAUCCCAAAUAUGCCAGUGAGGAACCUCAUAUCUCAUGUGAUCCGGAUCCUGAAAAUGGACUGUUCGAAGCCCACCAUCAAGAUGGCUUGUGUUAAGCUCAUAUCUAGGACAGGCCUCCUUAUGAAGCUCUUUAGUGAGAGAGAAAACCUCAAAGAGACCUCCUCCUUCCUGAAGUCAUAUCUUGGGCCCCUCAAAGGCAACUUGAGCACAGCUAACCAAAGGAAUGAGGGGAAACCUUCUGAUGAGCUAUCAAGGCAGGGGAUGCCGAAAUAUGGGUACAACAACAAGCUCUUCUUGGCAAUUUCAGUGACAGUGGCCAUAAUGGUUAUCAUAGCAGUAAUUUGUCUAACUGAGAUCUGUUCUCAGCGUUCUGCCGCUAAAGCAAGGGAAGGCACUGCCGAAGAGAAGAGAUCUUUUCUGGGCAGAAGAAAGAAAAGUACACCAGAAAGGCAGGUAGGUUGUACCAUAAAUGGAAAAGCGGUGGUGGAUUCAUCAUCCAGUCUUGCUGUUUGA